AUGUCAAGAGGAAGAGGUGGUUACGCUAGACAACAAAGACAAAUCAGUGAACCUGUUGGGAGAAACUACAUGUCGGAUCGUAACUUCUCCGCAGCACAGAGUGAUAUAGAAGCAUUGAACAGAGCGUUACGUGAUUUCCAACAUAACUUCACAAUAUCACCAAGGGUAUUUUUUACACUUUGA